AUUCCCUGUUCCCACCCCUCAGCUGGGAUAUGAAAAGCUCUGUCAGCCCCCAGCUUUCCUCAGAAGCCCUCCUGCAAGGCCACGAACAUGAGCCGGCUCUGCCUCUCCAUCGCCCUUCUCGUCCUCCUGGGCACCCUGGUGGCUGGCACCCUGGAAGGUGAAACAAGCAACCAGGUCCAGGGUUCUCAGCCUGCCUUCUGCCUGGAGCCUCAGUACACGGGUCCCUGCAGGGCCCGGAAGAUCAGGUACUUCUACAACGCCAAGUCCGGACACUGCGACAUCUUUAUAUACGGCGGCUGCCGAGGGAAGAAGAACAACUUCCUGGCUGCAAGCACUGCGUGA